AUGUUACCGGUUCGACACGGCAAUAGCAGCAACACCACUGCCGCCGCUAUCAACAAAUCCAGCAACCUCAGUACGUCCAUGAGACACUGGGCCGGAUUUUUUGCAAACGACGAAUUUAAAAGAUUGUCAAAGUCAAAAAACAGAUCGAAAACAAUUUUGGAUCUUUCACGAAGACGCAACAGGACAUGGGAUUUCUUGGUUGUAUGCGAGGAAAUCGUCAUAUUUCAGGUCAUAGGAAUGAGGGAGCGGGUUUUCACGUGGCACUGCUGGUGGUGGUUAAUAGUCCUGCUGAUUGUGGUGCACAUUACGGAUACGCAAUCGGAUCUCCCGUCGCCGGGCUCGUCACGGGGGAAAACGGGGUUCGUUACGGAAAAAACGUCGGCGUCCUCGCGCGUAGAAUGUGCCACGGGUUGCGAGUGCUUGGACAAUGGAAGAAGCCUACUGUGUCAGCAACGAAAUUUCCUCGGGCUCGGUUUGUCCGGACAGGCGACCAAUGUCGUGUUGAGGAACGUCGAGGCUGCCACUAUACCGGUUUCCGCCCUCGAAACGGCGAUUCGUCUCAAGAGCCUCGCCUGGACGUCGAGCGGAAUCGAGAGGAUAGAAGCUGGCGUGUUCCACGCGGCAACGUUCCUCCAACAUCUCAACUUAGGUGACAAUAGGCUGACGGAAUUACCGUCGGAUGUCUUCCAUCCGUUGCACCAACUACAGUACCUGAAUCUCACCGGGAACCGGUUGACCAUACUCCCGCGAGUGUUGUUCCAAGGUUUGGAGCGACUCGAGGAGAUCAGCUUGUCGCGCAAUCGACUGUCAGUACUUCCCUACCAAGCGUUCGCUUCGUCCAAGUUGUUGGCUCGCUUGGAUCUCUCCGGCAAUCUGUUGGUAUCGUUGCCGGACCACAGUUUCAGGCCGAACGCGCAUCUUCAGCAGCUUGGCCUAUCCGCCAACAGACUCACCAAACUUCCACCCCGUUUGUUCUCCGGCUUGAGCCAAUUGAAGACCUUGGAGCUGGCCAAUAACGAAAUCGACACGGUCCCGCGCGGCUUGUUCGCCGAUCUGGUCUCGUUGCAGCACCUCGAUCUCUCCGGCAAUCCUAUCACGCGUUUGACCAGCAUCACGUUCCACAGCCUGUCGAAUCUGAGAUGGCUCAGCUUGAAGAAUGUACCGAUAACGAUGCUUCCGCACGAUGUUUGGCGACCGACGAGGAAGCUGCGCAGCCUCUCGCUCUCCGGGACAAGGCUGGAGGUCCUUCGUAACGACGACUUGAAAGGAUUGGACAAACUGGAGACGCUGGAAUUGAGCAGCAACCCGUUGCGCGAGAUCUCACGGUGUACGUUGGAUCGUACACCGGCGCUGCGUAAAAUCGAUCUACGCGACAGCAACCUGACCUUUCUGCCGGCGAACGUGGCGCAGCUGUCGUCACUGACCGAAUUGCAGCUGCAAGGGAACCCGUGGGCCUGCGAUUGCCGUAUGUUCUGGUUCGUAAAAUGGGCCGAGAGCAAGGAACACCUACGUACCGCUUUUCGAAGUGGGUUCCGAUGCGGCGACGAGAUCGACGGCACCGCCGAUAUCCUUCAAACUCUUCGUUACUUGAAAUGUGCGCCGCCGAGUUUGGUAUACGCUACGCCCACGCAACAGUAUCUGUUGUUAAAGCCGGUGCUACUCGAGUGUGAAUACAACGGCAAUCCAACGCCAUCGUUGACAUGGAUUACGCCGACACUCCAGGUACUGCAUUGGAAUCCUGAUCCAGCCUUUCCCGACGCUUUUGUCGAACAUCCUCCCGUACAUCGAUGGGAACAAAGUCUACCGUUCGUUGAUGAUGGUCGCAUACGCAUCCUCGAGAAUGGAUCUUUGUACAUAAAGACGUUGCUCAGGCAGGAUGUUGGACAAUACAAGUGUUUCGCAGUCAAUCCGAUUGCCAAUGCCACUACCUAUAUUAGUUUGCAGAUGAAUCCAAUAACAUUAGAGAAAGUCAAGAUCAUCAGCAUAUUGGUAGGCGCUGCCAGCGCGAUCGUCUUUCUUCUCUUAACGCUCCUCUUGCAACUGCUUCGUUAUCUCUUGGUCAAGUGCGGCUGUCUGAACUGGUGCAUGUGCUGUAGGCGCGUCGGUUCCACUCCCAGAGCGAAACAAAUCUACCAAAUGUUGGACAAUAUCGAGCAAUACAAGAGCCAACAACUGGAGCGGCUACGCGAGAAUUACACUCAACAAGUGCACAGAAUAAAAGAGAACUGCGCUCAGCAAGUAGAAUGGAUUCGCGACAGUUACGAAGGUCAAAUGAGGCACAUUAGAGACAUAAGGGACUACGGGACGAGCCAUCUUACAGCUCUCAGAGAUCAGUAUUACGAUCAGGUGAGAAAAGUACGAGAUUACUCAACAAGUCAGCUCAAUUGGGUGCGAGAGAACUAUGUCUUCCAGCGUAACAAGAUAAGAAAGUUCAGCGCCCAUCAGGUGCUAAGACUGCGCGAGAGUUACAAAUAUCAGCAGCAAACACUGAACAAAGUACUGGAGAAUCUGCCGAAUUUCUAUUUUGAUAAUUGCCGGACCGGCUCUUGCGGGAAGAGCGACUCGAUGGUAUUCGAUCCGAAAGAUGACGGAUCGAUCCGCGUGGACACUUACUUCAAGGCGAAAAUUAACGACCUGGCGAGUGGCGCUAGCUUGGAGGAUGUCAACAGCGAAUAUUACACGCCAACGGAGCUUUCCUCGACCAGCCCCCAUGGGAAUAUAAUGGAGGGCAUCCAUAUAAACUAUAUCGAGGAAAUCGGCCCACCGAUUCGAUUCGACUCGUUGUACAACGGAGCAACUAUACCGCUGCACUCGAUAAUGCUGCACAGCAUCGACGAAGAUGGAAGCUCACCGUCCGUGUACAAGGAUGCGGACAAUGCCAAGUUAGCCUUCAAAGGAUUCAGCACCGAAGUUCUAGCCAAAGAGCCUAAAGAAAUGCCGGAAAGUUUUGGUCUCCUUGCACCCAGCUCCAGUUUGCCUGACCUACCGCGUGAAACCAAACUCUAGACAAAUUCGACGACCAAGUGUCAAUACGAGAAAGGGUACUAACCUUCCUUUAUAUAGAGCAAGAUUACAAUUAAGACGAGAAUGUACUGCCACUGGAUGAUCAUUAUGUGAGAAAAAUACAUAGAAGUGCCUCUACAUCGGUAAGUCGGAAUGCA